AUGGCGAAACGUACGGCAGACGAAGCAGAGCUCACAGAGAAUGGUGUGCGUCCAUCGCCACAACCUGUCAAAGAGCACGAGAGUAUUUCAGGCUUCCUAAAAGGUAUCUUCGAGAAGGUUGCUGGAAAAGCACCAGAUCCUACCUAUCCUGUAAUCAACGGAGCUACCUCGAAUUCGAGACCUGUGUUAAAGGGUUUUAUAUCUGAUAUCGCAAGUCAAAGCGGUAGAUGGGUUUCCGAUGUCGGUCUAAUCGGCUCUUUUGCUGACACUAAGUUGUUCGACGGUGGUGUUGUAGAUGAUCGCAACUAUCAGAUGGAGUCUAUCAUUCAGCUAGCGGCAUCGCUACCUGCCGAUUCAGAAGCCCUCAACACCCUAAGUCAUGGCUUCAUCAAACUCCUAUGGGAAAGUCUGCAACAUCCUCCGCUCUCUAUACUAGGCGAGCCAUACAAAUACCGAUCCGCUGAUGGCUCACAUAAUAAUGUGCUAUAUCCUCAACUUGGGAAAGCUGGCCAGCCAUAUGCAAGGACUGUCAAACCUCUAACGCUCAAGCAAGGGGUUAGUCCUGAUCCUGGUGUACUGUUCGACAGUCUAAUGGCGCGAAACGGAGAACCUAAAGAGCAUCCAAACAGGAUUUCGAGCAUGUUGUUCUAUCUGGCUUCGAUUAUCAUUCACGACAUUUUUCACACAGAUGAGCACGAUUACUCAAAGGUGAAGACUUCUUCAUAUCUUGACCUUGCUCCUCUAUACGGCAACAACCAAAAAGAACAAGAUAGAAUUCGCCUCUUCAGGGAUGGCCUUCUCAAACCGGAUGUGUUCUCGAAUGUCAGAAUUCUAGGAUUCCCUCCAGGAGUUGGUGCAUUGUUGAUAUGCUUCAACAGAUACCACAACUACAUUGCGAUGCAGCUCAAAACGAUCAACGAGAACAACAGAUUUACCCCAAAAUCUAAUGAUCAGAAAGGUCUUAAACAGGUUGACGAAGACCUCUUUCAGACUGCAAGACUCAUCACGAGUGGACUCUACGUCAACAUCAUUCUUACCGAUUAUGUUCGCACUAUCCUCAACCUCAACCGCUCAAAUUCUACCUGGACUCUUGACCCAAGAUCAAACUUUGGUAUAUGGGAUGCAACUGGUACUUCUGCUGGACUGGGAAAUCAGGUCAGUUGCGAGUUCAACCUGGUAUACAGAUGGCAUUCCGCUAUCAGCAAGAAAGACGAGAAAUGGACUGAAGCUAUGUACGAAAAGAUCCUAGACGUACCUGACUAUGCAAAUGUCUCUGAAGACAAGCUUCUAGACAGCCUCCGCAAAUGGGCUCACAAGAAAGGCACCGAUCCGUCAAAGUGGUCACUGGACAACCUGGACGAGACAUUGUAUCCUCGCAACGAGAAUGGCACUUUCAACGACGAGGAUCUAUGCACGAUUCUCACUGAAGCCACAGAAGAUGUGGCUUGCGCAUUCGGUGCUCGACAAGUGCCGGUUGUGAUGAGGCUUAUUGAGGUUUUGGGCAUGCAGCAAGCUCGACAGUGGAAUGUGGCUACUUUGAAUGAGUUCAGGAGACAUUUCAAGCUCGAGCCACACAAGACGUUCAGCGACAUCACUACAGAUGAAGAGGUCGCACAUGCUCUUGAAGCUCUGUACCAGCAUCCCGAUUACGUCGAGUUAUACCCUGGUAUAGUCGUUGAGGAUGCUAAAGAUGCAUACGAGCCUGGUUCAGGCUUGUGUCCAGGAUACACAAUUUCGCGAACCAUUCUGGCUGAUGCUGUGGCGCUUGUGAGAGGCGACCGCUUCUAUACCAUUGACUAUACUCCAGCAACCUUGACGAACUGGGGUUUCAACCAGAUCAAGCCAGAUCCUCAAGUCGCACAGGGAGGGUGUAUGUACAAUGUGAUCAUGAGAGCUUUGCCUAACUGGUAUCGUGGUAACUCUGUAUAUGCCAUGUAUCCUCUGACGGUACCGAAAGAGAACGAGAAGAUCCACGAGAAGCUAGGAGUCAAAGAUUUGUACGACUAUCAAAGACCAUCCCUGGUUCAGGUGCCAACUUCGAUCAAGACCUGGGCGGGUGCAGUCAGUGUGCUCAACAAUCCCAAAGAUUUUAGGGUGCCAUGGGGUCCUCACACUUUCUAUCUUACUGGCCACGAUUACAUGUUGAGUGGCGACAAGCCAGCCAAUGCAGAACAGAGAGAACACGUCCAUCGUGCUUUGUACUGUCCGGUCAAUUGGCAAAGAGAAAUCCGAAAGUUCUAUGAAGCACUAACCACACAAUUAGUGGAGAUCAAGUCAGAGAAGCUUCGAGGUAAAUGGUAUCAGCUUGAUGCAUGCCGAGACGUAGGCAACCCAUCACAUGCCGUCUACGUUGCUCAAAUGUUCUCGAUUCCAUUAAAAGGUGGAAACAGCCUCAAUCCAGCUGCCGUCGAGGUCGAUCAGCUCUAUCUAGCCUUCUCAGUUCUCUUUGCCUAUGUCUUCCUCGAUGCUGACACUGCACGAUCCUUCAAACUUCGUGCUGGCGCCAAGCAGUCCAACGAUCAACUCUCGAAACUCAUCAAGCUAGUCGUUACUCAGGUUCAGAUCGGAAAUUACACUCACCUGAACAGCCUCUUCAACCUCGGCCACUCUGGCAAAAUCCCCCAAGACUACGGUACCAAGCUCAUCGAGCGCAUGAUGUCUGGCGGCAAAGCAAUCGAGGAGACCGUCGCAGCCAUUAUCCCCACAGCCGCUGCAGCAGUAGCAACUCAAGCCCAACACUUCGCACAAAUGCUCGAUCUCUACCUAAGCCCCAAAUACAACCACCACUGGCCCAAAAUCCAACGCCUAGCCUGGUCCGACUCCGACGAAGACUUCGAGCUCCUCAAAUCCUACGCCCUCGAAGCCAAUCGUCUUGCCCCGGCGGCAUGGGGUCUCCUCCGCCACACUGCAAACCCAACAACCGUCAACGACGGUGCCAAACACGGCAAAAUCCGCCUCUCCCCAGGCGACGUAGUCUACACAGACUUCGUCUCCGUCGGCCUCGACCCAAAAGCCUUUCCCGACCCCCACAAAAUCAACCUCCACCGCCCUCGCGACAAGUACAUCCACCACGGCAUCGGCACACAUUCCUGCCUCGGCCGUCCCAUGGUCGAAGUCGCCAUGGCCGCACAACUCAAGAUCUUUGCACGGCUCAAAAACCUCCGUCCCGCACCUGGUCCACAGGGCCAAAUGAAGCGCACGAUCCCGAAACCGAACCCCGUGAGUUCAGAUCCGCAUGAUAACCCUGGAAGUAUCACGGUGUACAUGAAGGAGGACUGGAGUGAUUGGUGGCCGUUUCCGACACAGCUCAAGGUUCACCAUGAGGGCUUCUUUGAGAGUUAUGAGGAGAUGUUGAGGGAGGAGACGGGUUUGCCGGAUAAGAAGAGAGAGAUUGUGAAGAAUAGACGUGAAAAUAGAGAUGAGAAUGGGUUGGCACCGGAUGAGGAUGGGUUUGAGGAGGAGAGUAUAACUGCUUGA